UCAAGGUGGAAGAAGAUCAGGCAAAGGUCAACUCUAAAGUCCGAGAGAAACAGGCCCAGAACAUAUGUGAUCAAGAAGCUAGGCACUUGCUAAUGGCGGCGACUAUCGUAUCGCCAUCAAGGCUAUCAGAGGAACAAUCCGAACUUGAGAUGGAGGGAUUGGAAAGUACCAAAAAUUGGAAAGCGGCCUCAGAUCGAAGAGCUAAGUUAGACGGCUGGAAUGCAGCGACACGACCGUGGAAUGCGAGGGAUGCGAUACUGAGUUCAAGACGAUCCGGGUCUGAAGGAUCAUAUCACUACACAACAAGGCGUAAACGGUCCGUCGCCCGCAUAUUCUCCGAGGACUGGAUCCUGCGUUUGUCGAAAGCUUUCGGUUGGCAAUUUAACAUCGAUCCAACCUUCUUUUCGAAACACUCCCGGACCGCACUUUGGGAGCGGCGCCACGAGGGCGGCAACACGUCUGGGCGUGCACCCGUAAACGAUCUAAAGUAUAGUUUCUUUAUGGAGCAUUACAAAUUGCUUUCAAGACCAGUCCAAAGUCGGACUCGCUGCGAAACCCGAGCGAAAUGCGGCCUAUCAACGUCUCCGGGAAGCCCUAUGAUCCUACGGAUCUAGAUCAAGUUAGUAUAAUGCAUCGCAAAGCAAGUUCUGGUUCAGGAUGAGAAAGGUGCCUGGAA